AUGGAAACAACUUCAUUCACCGAUUUUAUCCAACGAUAUAACAAUAUCCAAGCUUACGAAGCUUCAAAAGACAAAUUGUUACAGGAUGUUCUCAUUUAUUGCAAGGCCAUAGAAUCCGACUCGGAUAAAGAGAACCAGAAGCUUCAAGCUCGAUUGAACGAAGUAGAGCUCGAUCUCAAAGCUGCGACCAAAACCAGAAGAGAUUUACAGAAGAGCCUAGAGGAAGCAGAGUUACAAGUCAAAUGGGUGAUGCGACAAAAUGAUGAGAUCAAGAAUACCAACUCUUACGUUUUGAUACUGAUUGAUGGCGAUGGCCUCUUGUUCGAUGACAGUUUUACAAAACGAGGCCUCGAGGGCGGAACAAGCGCAGCCCGCGCACUGCGAACUGCGGUAGCGCAGCUUUGCAGUCAUGAGCGUACUGGUUCAUUAGAAAUUAUCUGUCGCGUUGUGGCCAACGUUGGGGGUCUCAGCAAGACACUCUUCAGUGAAGGCUGCAUUGAUAAUCUUAACCAAUUCAGAGAUUUCACUCUUGGCUUUACACAGGCCAAGGCAUCCUUCGACUUUCUUGACGUUGGCUUUGGUAAAGAGCGUGCUGAUGCUAAAAUCCGAGAAACGGCACGUUGGCAUCUGGGCAACCAGAAUUGCAAACAUAUCCUCUUAGGUAUUGGACAUGAUGCUGGAUACGCCCCUUUCCUUAAUGAAAUCGUCCACGAUGAUGAGUCGCGCCAUUGCGUGUCUUUAAUCAAGGGGCCGCCCCUCGUGCGCGAGUUGGAAAGACUCCAACUCAACGUUAUCGAGUUUGAAGACAUCUUCCGCCCAACCAAGUUGAUUUGCGACAAAACCCCGACUCUGGCAAUAGGCACCCAGCGCACCCUACCGAUCAAAACCCAUACCUCGGCGACUACCAGCAUGCCGCCAACACAGGCAGCUGUCCUGACACCUGCAACCAGUACUGCAUCGUUAUCGCCUCCAAAUACUUCUUGGGCCAAAAUUACAAAGAGCGUUACUCCACCGCCUCAACUUACUAUGCCUCUGCCGCCUAAGCAAGCCAAGAGCAAGCCUACCGGCAAGACCCCAGCCCAGCCAGCUUGGAGCCCCGGACCUCGUGGUAUUGACCCUACCGUUUCGGUUGCUGCAGCCGCCAUGGAAAACAUUAAACGACGAGCCGGAAACGAGAAGCUUUGUAACAAUCACUAUCUUCGUGGACCGUGCGGCAGAAUGGACAUUUGCCCCUUUGUCCAUAAUUACAAGGCCACCCAAGACGACUUACUCGCGCUUGCAAUGCUGUCACGACAAAAUCCUUGUACAGCUGGUCAAGAAUGCGACGUAGAUGAUUGUAUUUAUGGCCAUCAUUGCCCCAAUGUCGUCAAUGGCAUGUGCACACGACAGUAUUGCAGAUUCUCGAGGGAUGCACAUCCACCAAACACCAAAUUUAUCAACAAGAAUAUCGAUGUUAACUAG